UGUUCUAGUCACCAGCAUAUCAUAGCAGGAGAAGGUGAGAGAGGCUAUGGAUGAAACAGUAUUUCGAAGUGAUACGGUGCUCUCCGAUAUUCACCUCCACACUGCGAACAGUAGGCAUUUUAUGGUGAGGCUGAAUGCUGUGGGCCAGCCAGUCUUUCUCUCUCAGUUCAAACUCCUUUUGGAUAGUAACCAGUGGGACCCUGAGAAGGAAGAGAGAGACCGAAAAACAUCCCUCAGCUGCCAGGGCAGAGGUGAAGAAGAAUUAAUUGCAGAGGACAGAGCUGGUGCUCAAGCUUCUCCAGACAGCCCUGAAAAGGAAGGUGAUUCCUGCAGAGGAACUGAGUCCUUGUUGGAUGAAGAUGGGGACCUGCAGGUGGUCCGGAAAGCUCCACUGCCUCAUGCAGGGGAUGAGAAUCUGAUAAGAUCCACGGCCUGUCCCAUCAUUUUGACUAAGGGUGGAGAUGUCUUGGAAGAGCAAGAACAUGAGAGCAAUGGUUGCGAUGUUGUUAAAAUAGAGCACACCAUGGCGACCCCUUUAGAAGAUGUGGGGAAGCAGGUCUGGCGAGGAGCUUUCCUACUUGGGGAUUACAUCCUCUCCAAGCAAGAGUUGUUCAGGGGUUGCACGGUCCUGGAGCUUGGGGGAGGAACCGGGGUUCUCAGCAUUAUCAUGGGAAAAGUUGCCAAGACCAUUUACUGCACAGACGUUGGUGAGGAUCUGCUGAGCAUGUGUGAACGAAAUGUAGCCUUAAACAAGCACUUGACUGGGCCAAUAGGAGGUGAAAUUAGAGUUAAAAAGCUGGACUGGCAGCAAGAUGAUUUCUGCACUGAUCCUGAGGAUUGCUUCAGCUGGUCCAGAAAAGAGAUUGCUGAGCUGCAUGAUCUCACCACUGUGAUACUAGCUGCUGAUGUAUUUUAUGAUGAUGACCUAACAGAUGCUUUUUUCAAAACACUGUACCGAAUCACUAGCAACCUGAAGAACUCUUGUACCAUCUACUUCUCUAUGGAAAAGAGGUUCAAUUUCACUUUAAGACACAUGGAUGUUGUGUGUGAAGCCUAUAAUCACUUCCGAAGUACUUUGGAUGAGCUGCUGAAAACCAGAGAUGGCAAGAUGAGAUACAGCAUUGAGGCUACAGACCUCUCCUUUCCACAGCAUAUUGUUUACGAGCGAGUUCCACAAUUGGAGCUGUGGAAGCUUAAUGCUGAGAAGAUACCCGAUGGACCCCGUCCUCAGCCUCCAAGAGACUGAAACAGGAUGCAAGACUUCCACCCUCAAUUUCAGCCGAGGUUGAACCUCUGAAUGGAACAAGGAAGGAGAUAGAAUCCAGGUCUAUGUCAAAAACAGAUUAAAGAUAUACGUGGCCAUUACUGUAA